CCCUUUGCCUUCCUCCCUUCUUCCCUCCGGAUCUCGGCUCUCUUCCCCGGAGUGGCGCGUCGGGGGCUCCGCCGCUGGCCAGGCGGGAUGUUGCACGUGGAGAUGUUGACGCUGUUGUUUCUGGUGCUCUGGAUGUGUGUGCUCAGCCAGGACCCGGGCUCCAAGACCGUCGCCGACCGCUACGCCGUCUACUGGAACAGCAGCAACCCCAGGUUCCAGAGGGGUGACUACCACAUUGAUGUCUGCAUCAACGACUACCUGGAUGUUUUCUGCCCGCACUAUGAGGACUCUGUGCCGGAAGAUAAGACGGAGCGCUACGUCCUCUACAUGGUGAACUUUGAUGGCUACAGUGCCUGCGACCACACUUCCAAAGGGUUCAAGAGAUGGGAGUGUAACCGUCCUCAUUCUCCAAAUGGACCACUCAAGUUCUCAGAAAAGUUCCAGCUCUUCACACCCUUUUCUCUAGGAUUUGAAUUCAGGCCAGGCCGAGAGUAUUUCUACAUCUCCUCCGCCAUCCCGGAUAAUGGAAGAAGAUCCUGCCUAAAGCUCAAAGUGUUUGUGAGACCAACAAAUAGCUGUAUGAAAACUAUAGGUGUUCAUGAUCGUGUUUUCGAUGUUAACGACAAAGUAGAAAAUUCAUUAGAACCAGCAGAUGACACCGUACAUGAGUCAGCCGAGCCAUCCCGCGGAGAGAACGCAGCGCAGACGCCAAGGAUAUCCAGCCGCCUUUUGGCAAUCCUACUGUUCCUCCUGGCGAUGCUUUUGACAUUAUAGCACAGCCUCCUCCCGUCGCCCUGUCACAGAGAACGCCGGGGUCCUGGAACACCAGAGAUCCACUUAACUGCUCAUCCU